AGUGCUGGGAUUAAAGGCAUGGCCACUAUACCUGCAUCUCUCUAUUUUACUGUAUUAACUGAGUCCUUCCAGUGCCAGCCAUUGGCAGAGCUUACCAAGAGGCAAACACUAGUGCAUGCAGACCCUGGUCAGUCUCUGGCCAGCAUGGAAGAGGGUGUUUGAGGAUCAGAAGGGAUAAAUGAAGACCACCAAUGCCCUCUGCCCAGCCCACAUCAGUCGUAGGAACCAUCUGUAGUGUUCCUUCAGGGUAAGCAUCUUCAGCUCUUCCUCACAGGAUAAAAUAAAAUAGUUUUGAAAAUGAUUUAUAGAUAUAAAAAUUUUACCCUGUGGUUUAUUUUAUCCAAUGAUUUCCCUUUAAAGUUUCUUCGUGUGUUUUCGUUUAUAUUUUACCCCCAAAUUUUUCCAGAGGCACCUACAGGAAAAAUCAAGUUCUAUCAUGGGCCAGAUGAAGGCUUUGCCCAGCACACCCGUUUGGUGCUCUGUGGCUUCUCUUGUUCCUUCCUGAAAACCUUUCUUGAAGGGUGAAGUGACCUGCAACCCAUGGCCUCCACCCUCCACCUUCUCACCCAGACACUUUACUUCCUUACCCAGCAACAAACCCAUUAUCUCAGAGAACUGCUCUGAUUGGCUGCUUACCGCAAGGGUCUUCCCCUAACCUAGACUCUGUUUCUUUUUACCUCCAUCUUGCUCCCUUGCUCCCCAUCCCGGCAAUGGUCCUCUUUGUGGAGCUGGCCCCGGUACUCCUAACCACAAUGAGCUUCCUGGGUCCCCAGGGAGUAUGGGCCAUCAAGGGUAUAUGGCAACUCCUGCAGAGAAAAUCCCUGCCACCUCCACUAUGGACCUAACCAUUGGGCUGAGACCGGGUCUCCUCUGGGCUUCUUUUACAUUCGGAGUCUCCCUCACCCCUACCUCAUUUCUGUGAUCCCCGCCCUCACCCGCCUCACUGCAGAGUACCCUGACUCCUCUUCCUGGCUGCAACAUGCACUUCUUGUCCAGCUUUGCUGCAGCAUUCACCUCUGUGUUUACAUGUGCCCUCCUCUGGUUUUCCCCGUUUGGCGUCAUACUGGGCUCACAACAGUCCCUCACAUGGCUUCAAAAGUGUAGGGCUCUGAAAGACCCAGCGGAAAUGUAGCCCUGGAUACCCAGGGAACAGCACUCUGCCUCGGAGUGAGACCUAUUAAUCAACACUCCCAGAUGGAAGCUGGAACGUAAACUUUAAAUCCUGAUUUUUUUUUUUUAAGUUGGCUUUUUGAGACAAGGUUUCUCUGUGUAGCCCUGGCUGUCCUCGAACUUGCUCUGUAGACCAGGCUGGCUUCAAACUCAGAGAUCUGCCUGCCUCUGCCUCUCAAGGGCUAGGAUUAAAGGUGUGCGCCGCCGCUGCCAGGCUUGAAGUCCUGACUUUAUGUCCAGCGUAUCUUACAAUAUUUUGGGAUCUUCUAUUGUGUUUAUGAGACAGAGUUUCAUUGAAUUAGGUAGCCCAUGCUGGUCUUAAACUUCUGAUCCUCGUGAGUCCACCCUCUGAGUGCUGGAGUUGUAGGGGUGUGUCAUCAUGCCCAGCUUGUGGAAAGCGGCUCUUUCCCUCACCCUGGUCUCUGGAUCACAGACAUUAUUAAAUCAUGCUCCUGUCUGUCACUGUCCCUCACCCACUUCUAUCCUAGCUCUCUUUCCCAAAAGCUCUCUUCAAUGCUUCCCUGUAACCAUUUUCCCCUCACCCCAAAUGUAUCAUCUUACACACAAGACCAGACAGGGUGUCUGCCGCUAUAACUAUAGCAGAUGAAGGUAGCCUGGAAACCCGACACCAUCUCGGGUGGGCAGUCUCUCCUUUUCCCAACCUGCUUUGCCAGCUCCACCCAUGAGCGCGUUGGCCACGCCUCCACCCAAGCACGCAGUUGGUCACGCUUCCACCCAUGCGUGCAGUGGCCACGCCCCCUCUGCCCUCCUCCUUUCCUGUCUCUGCAACUAUGGCUUUCCAGGACUGUCCUCACGCACAGCCCAGGAUGAGACCAGGCUGAGACUCAGAAGCUGAGGCAUGCUUCUCUCCGCUCCCAUCCUUCCCUCACCCAAUACAGCCGACCACAUGGGCUCUUAUGGACCAGCCUUCUACCAGUCUUACGAUGCUUCCGGACAGUUCACACACGAAUUUGACGGGGAACAAAUUUUCUCCGUGGAUCUGAAGAACGAGGAGGUCGUGUGGCGUCUGCCUGAGUUUGGAGGCUUCGCACGCUCGGACUUUCAGAGAGGGCUGAUGAGCAUCUCCAUGAUCAGAGCUCAUCUGGACAUCUUGGUGGAACGCUCCAACCGAACCAGAGCCGUCAGUGAGCCUCCCAGGGUGACCGUACUCCCCAAGUCACGUGUGGAGCUGGGAAAGCCCAAUGUCCUCAUCUGCAUCGUGGAUGAUAUCUUCCCGCCUGUGAUCAAUAUCACCUGGCUUCGCAACAGCCAACCCGUCACUAAGGGAGUGACCCAGACCAGCUUCUAUUCCCAGCCUAACCACAGGUUCCAGAAGUUCCACUACCUGACCUUCGUGCCCUCGGCGGAGGAUGUGUAUGACUGCAAGGUGGAGCACUGGGGCCUGGACGAGCCACUCCUCCAGCACUGGGAGCCCCAGGUGCUUACCCCACCACCGGACACCCUAGAGACCCUGAUCUGUGGCCUGGGCUUGGUUCUCGGCUUUAUAGGAUGUCUCCUGGGCACCGUGCUCAUGAUCACAGGCACACGCAUGCUCAGUAUCCGCAGGUAACUUCCUUCUGAGAAACCCGUGAGAGAUGACUCCUGGCAGACUUCUGGAAGCUUCUGCAGACUCAGCAGCGGCCUAUUACAGUGUUGACCUCGAGUGGCAUCAACCUUUGUUCCCUCAUUUUCUGGCCACCAAAUCCCAGUAAAAUUCUGUGAGCACAGUCUGCUGCCCUGGUACCCCAGUGCACUCACAGCUCCGGUACCAUCCGCGUCUCUGGCAGCCGUACUAAAUUCUCUUAAGAGUG